AGAGAGAAGCAGGCAGGGAGGAAAGGUCGUUUGGGGCACCGGGCGGGGCAUCAGUGCCCCCCAGGAAACGUAAAUCCUCACCCACCUUCCAAAUUCUGGCUACGGCUCUGCUCCCCCCCCCCACAACCGGUACAAACUGCGCGUGCGCGUGUUGUUGACAGAAGCGAUGUUUUAGCUAAGGUGCUUCGGGGCUCGUUCUACUUCCGGGAAAAUGGCGCUGGCCCGCAGAGCUGCCUUAGCGACUGUAGCCCGAGGUUGUCUGAGGGGCGCAGCAACGGCGCUGAAAGCCCCCAGGAGCCACAAGCAGGGGACAGGCCUGUGGGUGGCCGCUGCUGCUGCGGCGGGAGGUGUCACGUUGGCGGGGUUGCAUAAAGGAUGGAGCAGGCAGGCGGGGACUGGCGGCCUCCUGACAGUCCUGGCUCAGAAAGAUGAUGUUCAAGAUGAGAUGGCUGAAAAGCUCUGCAUUCGAAAGAAACGCUUUAUGCAGUUUGCUUCUGUGCAGUAUGAUGGAGAGUUUUAUAUGACUCCGAGGGACUUCCUGUUUUCAGUGAUGUUUGACAAACCAGGACGUAAAACUUUGGCCAGGAAGUUGACAGAAAAGGAGGUAAAUGCUGCACUAGCCAAUGUUGUGAAGGCUCAACCAGGGCCAUCCUUUUUCAGAGACCUCGGAGAUAAAGGACUGAUCUCCUACACAGAAUACCUGUUUCUGCUGACGAUCCUUACAAAGCCACAGACUGGUUUUCAUAUUGCUUUCAAAAUGCUGGACACAGAUGGGAAUGAGCAAGUAGAGAAAAAAGAGUUCUUUAAGCUUCAGAAAAUAAUUGGGAAGCAAGAGGAGUUGAAAGCAUCUUCAGGAGAUGAAACAAGAUGUCAGGAGCCAGAACUGGAAGGUUCUGAUAUUAAUACCAUGUUGUUGGUCCACUUCUUUGGAAGAGGAGGAAAAGAGAAGCUUCACUAUUCUGAAUUCUACAGAUUUAUGCAGAAUUUACAAACAGAGGUACAAGAAAUGGAAUUUAUUCAGUUUUCCAAAGGUCUACGUUUCAUGACAAAGGAGGACUUCCUUGAGUGGUUGUUGUAUUUUACUGAUGAGGAAAACAAUGACAUUUACUGGCAAAAUGUGAAGGAGAGAAUCCAGCCAGGAGAGGGUAUAAGCAUAGAUGAAUUUAAGACUUUUUGCCAGUUUACAAACCGCCUUGAAGACUUUUCAAUUGCCUUGAAAAUGUUUACUGUAGCCAACCGUCCUGUUAAACAAGCUGAGUUCAAAAGAGCUGUGAAAGUGGCUACAGGACAGGAGCUCUCAGAUAAUGUUUUGGACACUAUCUUCAAGAUCUUUGAUCUAGAUGGAGACAACUGCCUCAGCCAUGCAGAGUUUCUAGGUGUUCUAAAGAACAGAAUGCAUCGAGGUUUAAGGGUUCCUCAGCAGCAAGGAGUCCAAGGCUAUUGGAAAUGUGUGAAGAGAGAGAGCAUUAAAGGAGCCAAAGAAGUCUGGAAACAAACAGGGAAAAGUCCUUUUUAAGAACAUUGUGAAAUAUUUCAUCCUAGUCCUCCAUGUCUAGAUUGGCUUCGUUUUAUGUAUUAUUGUUUAUAUGCUGGCAAUAGUAGAUACAGCAUAGUAGUCAUUUCAUACUGAAGUACUGGAAGUACUUUUUUUCUCACUGUAAUUCUACAUCUGUAUAUUCAGGCUUGCCUAUGAACUGUUUAUGAUUUUUAAAACUCUUAAUAGUGCAUUCCUAAGCAGAGUUAUAUCCUUUUAAGUCUAUUCAAGUCUAUGGGCUUCGAAGGGUAGAAUUCUGCUGAGGUACCAUAAGUGUUCUUAUUCCAGUUCUCAGAGAUCUACACUAUCAAAAUCCUUGCAUUGAUCAAAGUGUGCCAAGAAUUUAGCACAAGUUGAAGCUAGACCUUAUUUACAGUGCCAGAAGAGCUAAGAUGUCAUGCUUUUAAGACUGGGGAGAAUAAAACAUGAAACCUAAACCUUUGAAGUGUAUUUCAUGAAGCCAAAAUUAUUUUAAAACGUGAAGUUUUGAAAUCACUGAUUAGUAGCCCCUCUGAAUUCAUUAGCUUUGAUUGACUGUAGGAUUGCAAAUUUAACAAAUUACAGAUAAGUUUGUACUGAAAUGGCACUUUAAAAUGCAAUAUUGAAAUCAGUCUUGGCCAGAAAUGCUUGUUUUGUAUGUUAAAUGAUAUUUUUGUAUAUUCCUGUAUUUUUGUUCCUAGUAAUUUAUAUAUUUUUGACUAUUCAAAUUGCAGUAGAUUUUCUCUGUCCAGACUGGAAAUAUGAAAAUGUUUACAUACUGGCAAUCUGUAAACUUGUGAAUAUGUAUAAACUAAACACUUCGAUGAAA